UAAAAACAUCCAUUUCCUCACAGCUAACAUGGCGGCUGGUAAUAAUGAUUGUGUUGGUUCCGUGUUCCAGAAUAAUUAUUAGAAAUAUACACUUAUAUUUGUAGUAGUCUUAUAGCUCAGAACGAAUAAUAUAAGAAGAUUGUAAUUUGUCGGGCCGGUCCAUCAGUUCCCUGCCGUUCCCGGCGGUCCGCUGUGUUUGGGUCUCGAUCCUGGUCGCCGCCUGGGUUCGGGUUCGUCUCCGGUUUCAUUUCUCCUGCUGUCUUGGGUGAAGAUCACCUCAUGAGAAAACUGUGACACCAUGGAGGCAGCAGAGCCUGGAGAUGAUGGGCGGUCGGCGCCAUCGGAGCUCUGCCUCGACUUACCUCCCAGCUCUAAGGGGCGGCGACGAACCAAGACCCCCAAAUACCUGAGCGACUAUGAAAGUGGUGACAAGAGCAUUUGUAAAAUGAUCAGACAGGAAGCACAGAGAAAAAGCUGCAAGCUCAGCCAGUCCAACAGUCAGACAAAUGAUGAUGAUGAUGAUGAUGAUGAUGAUGAUGAUGAUGAUGAUGAUGAUGAUGAAGAGGAGGAGGAGGAGAGGAAAACAAACAAACCAACUCGGAAGUCUGGAGCAGAAAAGCCUAAACAAAGAGGAAGACCCAGGAAAACCCCUUUGAAAGAGGAAAACACUGCCGCCAACGGCAUAGCGGCAGGAGGGGCGGGCGCAGCCGAUGCCCCCGUGCAGCCAGAGAACGGGACGCCAAAGCCCAAGAGGAAGUACGUGAGGAAGCAGCAGAGAACCGCCGAUCCGCCUCCUGAUGAAGCUGCAGUGGAGCCUCCAUCAGAAGCUGGGGAGGAGCCUGAACCAGGAGGCCGCCGCAGGAGGGGAGCGGCCAAAGCGGCGUUGAAGUAUCUGACUCUCCUGGCGAAAGAGGUGCUCUCCCACCCCAGCGACGAUUCAGAAUCCAAGUCCCAUCCUGGGAAGGAAGACUCCAAAUCAGAACGGCAAACUCCUAAAGCAGGAAAACGCAGAGGUCGGAAGAAGAAGCGUGCAGACAGUGAUUCUUCAGAAGAUGAAGAUUUUGUUCCAGAUGUUGAAGAGGAGGUGGAUCCGAUGGAGGAGGAGGAGGAAGAAGAAGAAGACGAUGAAGACUUUGAAACAGACUCUGACAUGGGGGUUCAUGAGAGGAGUCCAGCCGUUCAGCAGAGGAGCAGCACGAGUGUGAGCGGGAAACAACACAACGGGCUGCCCUUCAGUAUGAUCAGAGGUAUCUGGGACUCUGCUGGGGCCUACAGGAAGUUUCGGGAAGAGAACCACAGCAGCUGGGUGUUCCCUGAGUGGCUCCCCUCCACCCGGGACUGGAACGCCGUUCCACACAGCGAUUCGGGUCGGUAUGUUCCUCAGGAGCUGCAGUCAGCGGCCUUCAGCGUGUCCAGAGAAGGUCUCUCCAAGCAAGACUCCCCUCAGCUGAGGCUGGACAGGUUCUGCUCGCUGCCAGCUCACACGGAGUGCUGGGACAUGGUUCUGUUCACUGGGGGCCCCGUCUGGGCCCUGGAGUGGUGCCCCACGCCCGACGGCGCCCCCUGCAGGCAGUACGUAGCUGUGGCGUCCCACGCGGGGAUGGACGACCUGCACCCCGUGACCCGCACCUCCUCUGGACCUGGACUGGUUCAGCUGUGGGACUGUGGAGAGCUGGAGUACAACUGCAGGCCGGACUCCCCUCCAGCUCUGGUUUAUGGUCUGGCUCAGGAUAAAGGCUUCAUCUGGGGGUUAAAGUGGUGCCCUUCGGGGGCCUGGGAGCCCCCCUCCUCCAACAGAAAGGCUUCUGUUCUGCCCCGGCUGGGUCUGCUGGCGGUGGCGUCUUCCAGUGGAGUGGUCAGCAUCUACAGCCUCCCCCACCCUGACGCUUUGCUCGCCAGCAACCGUCUGACCUCCAGCGAAAACAACAGGCCUCCAAUAUUCAAGGCGGAUGCAGUGGUCACCCUGAAGCUGGGCGCCAUCAAAGCUCCUCGCCACGAGAGUGGAUUGGUCCUGUCUUUGGAUUGGCUGCCUCAGAAGCCGCAUGACGUGAUGGCUGUUGGCUUUUAUGACGGUGUGGUGGGUCUGUGGGAUCUGACCACGAAGGCCGCCUUGCUGCGGGUGCGGGAGGCGGACAGGUCUCUGAGUCUGCUGCCGCAUCGCUGCUUCCUGGCUCACGAUCACGCCGUCCGGGCUUUGGCCUUCUGCCCCGCCUCCAGACACCUGCUGGCCACGGCGGGGGAGGAUCGCCACCUGAAGAUGUGGGACCUGAGGAGGCUCUGCGACCCCCUCAUGGUGCAGAAACGCUUCCUGACCAAUGAAAUGUGUUGGCCGCUGACGUCUCCAGGCCUGCUGAUCGCUCAAGAUUGUGCUUUUGUGGCGAAAGGCAACCAAGGACUUCAUUUCCUCGGCCUGAGCACGCCGUCCUAUUACGCUAUUCCGAGGAAUACGUCUGUGUGGUCCAUGUCCUACUCCGAGUGGUUAAACUGCGUGGUGUCGGCAGACGUCGUGGGCGAGCUGAUCCUCUCCAUCCUCCCUCAGCUGGACCACUCUGGCCCCCUCGUCAAACGGAACAUCUUAAGACGCUUCCCCAUCUGCUUCACCUCCAUGGUUCCUCGGGAAGAGAAGGAGGUGAAGGAGGAAGGAGGAGCAGGUGUUGAGCAGGAGAAGGAGCAGUCGAGGAAGCCGGAUGAGGACGAGGAGGUUCAGAGGAAGAAAGGUCUUCAUCUGCGGCUGGACACGUACAAGGAGGGAGUGCAGAGAUCCAGCCUGCACUACGCAGACAGCAACGUGAAAAACCUGGGGAAUUUAGAGAAACGAUCGCCAUGGAAACGCAUGAAAAACACGGAGAGCACAGCCAAGGUCAACAUGGACGAGAACACACUGGCCGCGCUGCACAAGGUCCGCUUCAGCCCCAACAUGAGCAGCCAUGUGUGGCUGGUGUCCGGAGGACAGGCGGGUCUGCUGAGGCUGCACUGUUUGAGGUCCCUGAUCAGCCCCAACGCCAGGAAGAUGAUUCAAGAAAGCCGCUCGCACUUCUCUGCUCUGCACUCAACGCAGCAUCACACAGAGAGGCCGACACAGGAGCAGCAGCAGCAGGAGCGUCAGCAGAAUCCCCGUUGAGACGAGGAAAUGCUUUUCCCUCCACCAACAUCCUCCUCACUACUUCCAGUUUGUUCAUCUGAACAAACAUGCAGACUCUUAAAGCGUUGAGCAAACAGGUGUUGCGUUUACUGUCCCCUUGUACCUCACAGUUUCUUCUAAUCAGCUCCCAGACCAGACGAGCCGGCUCUGUGGAGCAGCAGAUGAAGGAAACCAAAGUUUACCGUGUUUCUGCAGGAAAACCUUCACUUAGUUAAAGGUUAGUUAAGUUUAACCUGUGGGUCAGUUAACCAGCAGGAAUGUUUACAUGUUAACGCUGUCGCCCGCUGUCUUCCAUGUUUUUUGGUUCGAUUUUUAGUAUUUAGAUUAGUAGAAAUUUUACUUUUGCCUCAAAUGAUUUUAACUAAAAUCUUUUUGCAGAGAAACCCGUUUUUCUUGAAUCUUUGGAGCCGCAAAACGAGUUUCAGUUUUCAAAAAGGGUCCUUUAAAUUCCUGUUUUUAAAACCGUUCAGGCACCAACGGGUUGGCCUGAAGCUCAAAUCUGCAGAAAAAAACCUGCAUUUCCGUGGAAAAGUCCACUGAAACAAAGGGGGAGGAGUCAAGUGUGUGGGGUAGAAUCCGUGAAAUGCAGCAGAAAGGACGUUUCCUCUGUGAGGAACAGAGUUCUGUUUAUCCUGCUGGCCUGUCAGGCAAACAUCUUAUUAAAUUCUACAACUAGGAAUUAUUUUUAGGAUUUAAAAUGUAGAAAAAAAUAGGACGAUACUUUUUAAAAACCUUUUAAGAACAUAAAGGUCUUUGCCUACAUUUUAAUUUGCUCCUUAAUCUGAUUUGAUGCACCUGAACGCAUCAUAGAAGCUCUUAAACUGAUCAUAAAUCCGAAGAAAUCUUUGUUUUUCCAUUCAGUCAACGUUUCUGUUCUGAACUCAGGCCAAACUUUGGGGAAAAACUUGAAUUUUCUAAUUAUUUGCUUAAAAUCUCAGCUUGUUUUUUUUAUUUCUGACAUAAAAACACAAAUGUAAAAGGACUUUUUCUUGUUUUUAUUUUUCUAAAUGGAGUUUUUAUUGUGUGCAGAAGCCUCAGAAUGUCAUUUAAAUUAAUAUAUUUUUAGAUGGAAGCAUUCAGACACAAAGAACAUUAUUUUUGAAUAUUUGCUUGUAAUAAAGGUUUUUGUAACAAAAGCA